GGAGUACACUCCAGUAAAUUCCGCAGAAACUAUAAGGUGCAGCUGCAGAAGAAUGAUUCGAAAGGGUCUACCUUGCAAGCACAUAUUCCAUGUACUGAAGUACUUGAAUAUAUCUGAAAUACCAAAGUGUUUAGUUCUUGUGCGGUUCACGAAAGACGCAAGGUUGGGACUGCCCGCCAGGCGCACAAGCGAUCUGUUGGGAUUUGGAUGGACUGGAGCAGCUGAAAGAAUGAAAUAUAGCCAGGUCAGUGUGUUGGCUUCAGAAGCUAUGCAUGCAGCAUGCAAACACCCAACUUUGUGGGAUCAGUUACAGGAGAGUUUGAAGGUCGUGAUAGCUAAGAGCCAUGAGUAUGAUCAGCUAAAGGAAAAUUUGAGUAAGAAAACGGCUGAUCUUAGUACUUGUGCAAUUGAAUAUGUAGAUGAUGGUGAAGGCAACAUAGUUGAAGUUCAUGAUCCUAUUAAAGUAUCAACGAAAGGUGAACCUAAAGUAGAUGAGAAGCGCCCUAUGUCGAAAAAUGGUAGGCCACUUUCGUACGACGAGAUCAGAAUCACGUGCGGCGCAUGCAAAUUGCUAGGGCACACUAAACGCAGCAAGAAAUGCAAACUAAAUAAGAAAAGCGUGGUGGGCGAAGAAGAGUAGAACAGUUGCUAAAGUUAUGUUAGGAUGAAUCCAGUGAUCUAAUAGUGAGGUGUUUACAAUGUGUUACUGCAUACAUGAUACAUGAUAUAUACUAUUGCAAGAGGCCAGUACCUUGAGAUAGUGCUUGUAGCAUAUAUGGACUAAACAGGAGGCGGUCACUAGGGACUUUAAUCAUGGAAAAUGGAUAGCAUUUUAGCCAUUGUAAUGAUGGCAUCUUUUGUGUUGUCCACUGUAGUUAUAUUAUAUUAGAAAACUAGACGAUACCUGGCAUGUUGUUGCGGGAAUGUUUUGCAAUAUAUUCAUAGAGAAAUGGUUACGUGUAACAUGUAUAUGUUGUUGCGGGAAUAUUUUGUUUGCAUGUUGUGGUGGACCUUUCUCCAUACAUG